AAAGCAGUCGGCCAUAGGGUUAUAGUCAAGCCUUUCUCGGGCGCUACGACAAUGGCCAUGAAUCACUAUCUCAAGCUAAAUCUAGAACCUUCGCCCAACGAAGUGAUUUUACACAUUGGGACUAAUGAUCUUAAAACCAGGGAACCAAAGGCUGUUGCGGAAUCGAUUGUGGAUCUCGCGAGGCAGAUCGAGGGCACCUGCGAUACUAUAGUCACGCUGUCGGAGCUUGUAUGCAGAAAAGAUAAGCUUGACCAGGCAGUGAAAACAGCCAACAAGCAUCUAAAGAAGUUCUGCCAUCAAAGUGGAUGGGAAUUAAUCCAUCAUGAGAACAUAUCUCAUAGCGGACUCAACAAAGGUGGACUGCACUUAAAUUUAAAGGUAAUGAGCACCGAAAAAUCUAAAUCUUUCUCACUAUUGCCUCCUUUGCGCGGUUUUAAAAUGGCAUCACUCAAUAUUAAUCAAUUAACAACACAUAUAGACGAGCUAAGAAUCCUAUUAGCAAACAAUGAUAUCGAUAUUGUUUCCAUAAAUGAAACGAAAGUGAAUGAGAGUAUUCGAGAUCAUGAAGUUCAUAUUUCGGGAUACGAACUAAUUCGCCGCGAUAGACUUACAAAAUCCGGCGGAGGGGUAUGCUUCUAUAGGAGUAUUGCCGAUGUCUACGGACUCGAGCAGCUCAUCUCUGAACCGACAAGGAUAACACCCACCUCUUCAACUCUAAUUGAUUUAAUCUAUACCAACUGC